UGUUUUGUUUUUCUCUCCUCGAAGCUACUCUGUAGUUUUAAAACUCCUUAAAUAUUAUACAAUGCUUUUAACUACGAGAUGUUCUCUCUGGUUGUUUAAAGCCGGGCCUUACGAGACGCACAUGAAUGCAACAUGAACUCGAGGAAGCAGAGACGGUGUCUUUGAAGUUGAGUUAGCCGGCUAGAGUUGAAUCUGCCUUCUGAGACCCAUGAGCAACAGUGAGGAGACAGACUUAUUAUGGGAGUCUUGGGGCUGGACACCUGGGAAAGAAAAAAGAAAAAAUGCUUCCAAAAAGGACAAAAAAUGCCUAAAACCCAAAAACAACAUAACCAUAAAAACAGAUGAGAACAUCCAGAAAAAAAAGAAAAAGAAACACUCAAAAUUCAAAGAAGCAAUUGAUGGAAGGAAAGAAAAGAAAAAAGAAAAGAAGAAAAAGAGAUUGGCUUUGGAACUAGAUGACAAUUUAAUAUUUACACAGGGCAGUAGUGCACAAGCAAAAUCUACUGUGAAGCCUGAAACAUUGAAUCCACACAGUUAUAACAAGCUAAAACCUGACCAAGACUGCAAGAAGAAAACUAAAAGAAAAAAGAAAGUGGCAUUUGAUUUAUCACCAGGCUAUAUCUGUAUCAAACGUCCUAAAUUUGUCUCUUCGUCUCAGCAAUCUCCCAAAGAGAGCAUCCCCUUAGAGAAUGAAGCUGUGAGAGACAGUGAGAGCUGCUCACAGGUCACAGUGACAGGACACAGCCAUGGUCAAAGACAUGCUGAUGAAUCCCAAUGCACUAAUGAAGAUAUCAACAGCCAGGACCUGUUUAUCACCCAGAAGACAUUCAGCUCUCCGCCCCCCGAACCUUCUAGUGGUGAAGCCAGUGACAAAGCCGUUACUACAAGUCCUCAAACGUUAACACCACGAGACAAGGUGCACACAUCUAUGGCGUUUAUAAAACAGCAUCUUAAAGGAUGUCCACAAGACUCACAUUUCUAUCAGCAUCACAGAAAGACAAAAGAGCAUGUGCAUAAGCCAAAGACAGUACAUGUACUUCUCACAGAAGAAGAGGAGGAAGAAGAGUGGUUAAGCAAAGCACAUCAGCAUCCUAAGAAGAAAUCAUCCUUCCAGACACAGAGGGAGUUAAAUGCAAACAUUACUGGGGAGACCAAACGACCACGCCCUGCACAUGUAACGCCCAGUGUGGUGAAUGAAUACCUGGAUGAGCCAAUGGAUGUAAACUCCCCCCUGGAUACUGCAAAGUCAAAGAAACAUUCCCGUUCACCAUGUCUGUCAGAUGAGCCAUCAGCGCUUCCACCUAUGUCCAUGGAAAGCACUUCCACACAGACAGAAAACUUCUUCACCACUGAGCUCUCCUCCUACCUCAACUUCUGCCAAAAAAGUAGAGUGACUGUACACCUUGAGGACUUGAAACCUUUGAACCUAAGUCUGCCGCACAGGGCCAGAAAAGACCUUGGGAUGUGUUUGUCAGGGAAGUCAUUGUCUUUACCAGGAGAGAUACAAGGCAUCAACCACAAAGAGCCCAACCUGCAUCCAUCUUGCUCUUCAGACAUGAAAGAUGUAGAGAUAAAGAAAGACCCUUCUGGUCGACAUACUUGGUCUUCAAGCACACAAGGUAAAAGUGCAACAAUUCUGAGCCCCAAGUCAGAGUCUGCAGACACAACAAUUUCCAGCGAGGACGAGCCCCCCUGUCGCACUGGCAAGCUAGACCUGACCCAGGUGAGGGCAGUCCAGAUGAGACUUAAUGAGUCCUUCUUUUUCAAGACAAAAGGAGAAGGACAGUCACCCAGACCAGAGUCUCCACUGAUGAAACUUGCUCAAGGCAGAGAGGUGAAAAGCAGAAAAGGCCACUGAGGUCAUAUAAAAGGAUGGAAAUAGAGGUUUGCUGACACUUAUCUGCAGUCAG